AGCACUGCUACGUGACCGGCGGCUCGCAGGGCCUGGGACUUGAGACGGCCAGAAUUCUUGUACAGAAGGGCGCCGACGUGACUAUCGUCGCUCGCGGUGUUGACAACCUCAAGGAGGCCGCUGCUGAGUUGGAGAAAUCGAAGCAACGUCCCGAGCAAAAGAUCCACUGGCUCUCACACUCCCUUACUUCCGCCAAAGAGUCAGAACAGGCUCUCGAUGAGGCUGCUGCAUUAUAUGGAGGGCGCUGCCCCGACGCGCUCUUCCUGUGUGCCGGCGCGUCCGCCCCACGCUUCUUUAUAGAGGAGACAGAAGAGACGCUACGCCAGUCCAUGGACAACGCGUACUGGAUUCAGGCAUGGACCGCACAUGCCGGCGUGAAGCGUAUGGUGCGAGAGAAAGUCAAGGGGAAGAUUGUCCUUGUGUCCUCUAUCCUCGGUUACUUUGGCAUGGUCGGCUACACUAGCUAUGCACCCGGCAAACACGCUCUCCGAGGCCUUGCGGAAGUCCUUCGCUCAGAGUUCGUGCUCUACGACAUCGCGAUACAUAUUUUCUUCCCCGGAACCAUUCUCUCACCGGGGUAUGAGCGCGAGAACGUCACGAAGCCCGCUAUAACGAAGAAGCUUGAGGAGACGGAUGAUGGCCUGUCGCCGGAGGCCUGCGCAAAAGGUCUCAUACAGGGCGUGGAAGCUGGACACUUCCACAUAACAUGCGACCUGCUCUCCAACAUCUUUCGCGCUUCUACGCGAGGGAACACCCCGCAGAACAACUUCAUCUUGGACCGUGUAUAUAGCUUCUUUGGAUUUGUUGGCUUGCCUAUUUGGCGGUGGACGGUCGACCGCGAAGUACGCGCACACAAGCCGGAACACAUGCAAUACGUAGCGGAGCAUCUGGGCGACGGCGCGAGUUCGUCGACAUCCAAGUGAUGCCUCCCGUCUCGGCGCGACGUGUAGACCUAGUGUACUCUUUGCCUAAUCCCAGCCACUACCGGAGUUUGCGCGUGGCUUCUGCCGCCCAUCCUAACUUCUUGACGGAAGCAACAGGCACUCGACGCAUACAAUGAUUGGAAGGAUGGAAGGAUUCAGACAACAAAGGGAUCGUAUACAGGUAAUCGGA